AAAACAAAAGAACUUAUUAUAGUUCUUGAGUAUGCAGAAGGUGGAAGUUAUAAUGAUUGGAUAAAGAAUAAUUAUAAAGAUUUUAAUUGGUAUAAUAAAAUACGAACACUAUUAUAUAUCAUUGCAGGCCUUAAAGGGAUACAUCAAGAUCAGAAGGUUCAUCAUGAUUUACAUCCAGGAAACAUAUUAUUUUCAACAAAAGAUUUAAAUACUUUUAAUAAAAAAUCAAUAUUUAUAUCAGAUAUGGGAUUAUGUGAAGAUGUGAAUAAUACGAGUGAAGAAAAAAAUAUUUAUGGAGUUAUGCCUUAUAUGGCACCCGAAUGUUUAAGAAAUGAACCUUAUACUCAAGCAGCAGAUAUAUAUAGCUUUGGCAUGAUUAUGUAUUUCACAGCAACUGGAAAACAACCAUUUAACAAUCGUGCACAUGAUUAUGAUCUAACAUUAGAGAUAUGCGAAGGAAUUAGACCUGAAAUAAAUGAGCGGGAAGCACCAAAAUGUUAUAUUGAUUUAAUGAAAAGGUGUUGGAAUUCAAAUCCAGAUAAUAGACCAAAUGCUAUUGAAAUACAUGAAUUGAUUGUGUCAUUUUAUAAUUUAUAUAAUUCAUAUAAUUCAUCUCAGAAAGGUGGAUCAAAUGUAACUGAAAAUAGAAAGCAAUUUAAAGAAGCAGAAAUUUACAGAAAAUUAUCCUCCUCUUUCAAGAAAAACAAACAACAUUCACAAGCUAUUUAUACAUCUCGAUUACUUAAUUUUAUCACAAGAAACGUUUAUAAAUCGGAAUGUCUUGAUUGUGCAAUCUAA